AUGGGGUUCAAGACACACAAGAUGAAGAAGUCGAAGUCUGACCGCAAAACUAGUUGGGUUAUGCUCGCUGAGAAUGGCGGGUACACUCCUCUGCCUGGCGAACAGACACUAUACCAGUCUCCUCCUCGAACCACCCUCUCGUUGCAGACUAGCCACCAACGUAGUCCGAGCGAGUCCUACUCACAACAAUGCAAGUCGGGCGUCGUAUACCUCACAAACCGACGGAUGAUCUACCUCCCUGUCGCCCCAACCCCCCAACUCCAAUCCUUCGCCGUCCCCAUUCUCAACGUAACCGAUUCCCGCGUUACAGCCCCCUGGUUCGGCGCCAACAAAUGGGAAGCCAUCAUCCAGCCCGUCCAAGGCGGCGGCAUACCACCACAGCACGCCGAGCUCGACCUCGUCAUGGAGUUCAAAGAGGGCGGCGCGUUCGACUUUGCGAGCAUAUUCGAACGGUUAAAGGAGCGGUUACGGCAGGCUGUCGAGGUGGCUCGGGAGAGCGGCGGUGACGUGGAAGAUGGAAGCAGAGGCGUUGGAGGCGUGAACAUGAACAACGUACAUCUGGAAGACCUACCGGCAUACGAGGAGAGCAGACAACAUGCCCGAGUACCGGAUCCGCUUCCUAGUCCGCCGAUGGACGGCUCUGCAGCGGGCGUAGGCGGUCCUGUCGUUGCGGCUCCCGUGCCGUCCAGUCCACAAGCAUCGAGUCCGCUGUCGAGCCCGCGGACUCAACAAGAGCGCUUCGAGCCACCGUCGGAUCCGCCGCCAGGCUAUGAGGAGACCCAGCGUGGGAGCAUUGUAGAUGAGUUGGAGAGGCAGAUGAUGAAUAAUCCUUGGAAGGAAGAUGAGGCGAGGCGGUGA